CUUUUUUCUCUUCAUAGUUCUCCUGAUUACUAUACUGGUCGUGGAAGGGAUCGCUGUGGCGCAGAGAACGCAGAUGGACCGGUUAUGGGAGCGAAACACAUCCCUGUGACCCAGUGCGGAACCUGGGUCAGAACCAGUAAUGGAGGACACUUUGCAUCCCCAAAUUUUCCCAACACUUAUCCUCCGAACAAAGAAUGUGUCUAUAUAUUAGAAGCUUCUCCUCGCCAAAGAAUUGAACUGACCUUCGAUGAGCCCUACCACAUAGAGCCUUCCUUCGAAUGUCGCUUUGAUCACCUAGAAGUGCGAGACGGUCCAUUUGGCUUCUCUCCGCUCAUCGAUCGGUACUGCGGGAUUCGGAGCCCAACACCAAUCAGAUCGACAGGGCGCUUUAUGUGGAUUAAGUUCACCUCCGAUGAAGAGCUGGAAGGCCUGGGGUUCCGAGCAAAAUAUUCCUUCAUCCCAGACCCGGACUUCAGCUAUCUCGGAGGUAUUCUAAGCCCAAUACCAGACUGUCAGUUCGAGUUAUCUGGACCAGAUGGAAUUAUCCGAUCCAGCCAGGUGGAACAGGGGGAUAAACUAAAGGCUGGUCAGGCUGUGGACUGCAUAUGGACUAUAAAGGCAACACCGAAAGCUAAGAUUUAUUUGCGAUUUUUGGACUACCAAAUGGAACAUUCCAUGAGUUGCAAGCGCAACUUUGUGGCUGGUCUAUGAUGGAAGCAGCUCCAUAGAGAACCUCAAAGCCAAUUCUGUAGCACUGUGGCCAAUGACGUCAUGCUGCAGACAGGAACGGGGGGGGUUACGGAUGUGGGCAGAUGAAGGGAGCCGACUCAGCAGAUUCCGAAUGCUCUUUACAUCGUUUGUGGAACCUCCGUGUGGGGAAAACACUUUCUUCUGUCACAGUAACAUGUGCAUUAACAACUCCUUGGUCUGCAAUGGCAUACAGAACUGUGCCUACCCCUGGGAUGAAAACCACUGCAGAGAAAGAAAAGAAGCUGGACUGUUUGAGCAAAUUACCAAGACCCAUGGGACCAUUAUUGGGAUAACCUCUGGAAUUGUCUUGGUCCUUCUCAUCAUUUCCAUUCUGGUCCAAGUCAAACAGCCCCGUAAAAAGAUCAUGGCCAGGAAGACCACAUUCAACAAAACUGGUUUCCAAGAGGUUUUUGACCCGCCUCACUAUGAGCUCUUCUCCCUCAGGGACAAAGAGAUUUCUGCCGAUUUGGCCGACUUGUCCGAAGAACUGGAGAACUACCAAAAAACGAGGCGCUCCUCUGCCACUUCUCGGUGUAUUCACGAUCAUCACUGUGGUUCACAAACGGCCACUCUGAAACACAGCCGGACCAACCUGAGCUCCAUGGAACUUCCAUUUCGCAAUGAUUUUGCCCAGCCGCAGCCCAUGAAGACAUUUAACAGUACCUUCAAGAAAAGCACGUACGCAUUUAAACAGUCCCACGACUGUGCCGACAAAGGCAUCGAAGACCGGGUCAUGGAGGAGAUCCCUUGUGAAAUUUACGCACGAGGUCGAGAAGAAUGUGCUCAGGGUUCAAUAUCAAUUGACUUUUAA